GACCGGCCACACGUUGUUAUCAUGAUUAUAACGAUGCUGCUGCUUUACAGUUCACAGUGAAACUUUGAGACUCUAUUUCACUGAGGCUGGAGCAAGUUAAGUGUGAUGUUUUGGCUGCAUGUUGUAAAAUCCCUCUCACCACCAUCGAUACAUCCUCUCAUGAGUGAUGGGCUCUAAGUUGACCAGACAGAGAAGUCUCGAUUUUGACUCUAAAUUGUCCAAGAGGAGACGCCAGAGGAAUGACACCCCGGGAGAGAGCGAGAGAAGUGGCGGCAGAGGCGGCGGGGACUUCUUGUUUACCUCCUUGAUGCUCAAGUCCGACAAGCUCCCGGGGAUGCUGCGGAAAACCAACCACAGCCCAUAUGUGAGGCGGGUUGCCUGGAUCCGGGAAAUCCAGAGGCUUCUCCGGGAGCAGAAGAUGGAGCAAGCAGCCGAAGUGCUUAAACUGCUGAGAAAGGAUCUGGGACUCCAAGGAACGUCGCUCAACGACAUUUUGUACAAGAACGCAGCUUUUCUCAACCUAGUGGACCCCAUCUCUCAUGAGCUGCUGCUUGGCCUCGCCCGAGACCUGCAGUGUCCAAAACGGGAGACUGACUCGUUCAAGUCCACCAACAAAAUCUGCCGCCAGCUGAUUUAUCACCUGACCCCUCACUCCAAGUGGACAAGACAGAGUGUGCCCAGGAGGAAGUCUCAGGCCUGUCUGAAGACCACCCUGAAGAAGAAGCUUUCCGGUGAUGUCGUCAACCUGUCAGGCAUCCCGCUGUCUGGCCGAGACGUCCACCGUGUUGCCUUCUACCUCCAGAGCAGCAGUGACGCGGUGUCGGCUGUGGACCUGAGCUUCACCGAGCUGCAGGACGAGAGCUUACGGCUGCUGCUGCCACACCUCAGCUGCCUGCCGAAACUGACCAUACUCGCCGUCAAUGGCAACCGCCUGACAAUGGCGAUCCUAAAAGACCUGACGGAUGCAGUGAAGGAUCCUAAGAGGUUCCCCAGCCUGGCCUGGGUCGACCUGGGCAACAAUGUGGAUAUCUUCACUGUGCCGCAGCCGCUGCUCGUGGCCCUGCGGCGCCGCUUCGGUUUGCGCAGCAGCCUCCCCACCAUUUAUGAGUACAGGGAGGCGCAGACAUUCAGUGGCUACAACCCAAACAUGGAGACGUCUGUAGAGGAGCCCAGUCUCUAUGAGGAGGGAGAUGGAGAGGAAGAUGAUAAAGAGGAGGAGGAGGACAGGCUGGAGCUUCAGGCCUGGGGCUUUGGAGAAGAAAAUAUGUCAAAAAAUGUGCCAGUGCACUUCUGUGGGAGGUGAUUGCCCAGAGCUGCUCUCUUUUAGACUGGCUGCCCCUCAUAUCUCUCAGUAUCACCUCGCCCGAAGACUAGCCUCCUGUGUUAGCAGCUGCCAUUGUGGCAGAUGCUUCCA